AUGAGUUACAUGAUAAGAGAGAUCCUGGCGUUCAUCCUCACCACAUCGGGCUGGGUGCUGGUGUCUUCAACUUUACCUACAGACUACUGGAAGGUUUCUUCAAUCGAUGGCACGGUUAUCACCACAGCCACGUUCUGGUCUAACCUGUGGAAAACAUGCGUGACUGAUUCCACCGGAGUUUCCAACUGCAAAGACUUUCCUUCAAUGCUAGCUCUAGACGGUUAUAUCCAGGUGUGCCGAGGAUUAAUGAUAGCUUCUGUUUGUCUUGGGUUUUUUGGAUCUAUAUUUGCUCUGAUUGGCAUGAAAUGCACAAAAAUCGGAGGACUUGAUCAAACUAAAGCCAGAAUUGUUUGCUUUGCUGGUCUCAACUUUGUUGUUACUGGACUGUGCUCUCUGAGCGCCUGCUCGCUCUACGCUCACAGAAUUACAUCUGAGUUUUUCGACCCGAUGUUUGUCGCACAAAAGUAUGAAUUGGGAGCAGCGUUGUUCAUUGGCUGGGCAGGAUCUUGUCUGUGUAUUUUAGGAGGACUGAUUUUCUGCCUGUCAUUGUCUGAAGUGAUGGACAAAAGGUAAAAGCCAAAUAGAAAAGUGUUUAUCAGGACUGGAGCUUCUGUAAGAUCUUCUCAUGGUGUUACACAGAGUCAAUCAUCGCACAACAGACGACUUUCACCAGAAUACAACAACACUUCAAAACAAUUUGACAAAAAUAUUUAUGUAUAACAAACACUUCUCACAGAU